UUUUUUUUUGUAUAAACUUUUAUUUUUAAUCUGUUUCAAGUGCUUGUACACUUUCACGUUCUAUUUGUUUCUUUCUCACUACAGAAACCAGCCCAAGAAUAAACAAAGUAAGCUUGUACAACAUAUCUGUUGUACGGACAGUUUGUAGAAAAGUUUGUUGCAUUGUGUUGCGAUCAGGGCAAGAAUUUUUUUUUUUUUCAAUUUUUUUUUUUAAAGUAAACAAUGUCUUUCUUGCACAUAACAUCACACCUCAAAACUGUUAAACUGUUAACUAUAGUUGUGGUGGAGAAAAGGAAGUAGCCGUGUAUAAAUGGUGCUGAGAUUAAGCUCUGAUGCAUUUUGUCUCACAAGUGCAGCUUACUUCAGCCAUAUAGGAAAAUAAACAACUAUUACCUGUCCUCAAGCAGAUUGAAGGAACGUCAGCGGCGAUCGUUCGAAAAUCUCCUCGUUACGCACGAUAGCGUAUAGGAAAAGUAAACUUUUGUCUUUUUCUUACUGUUAAAGAAGCCUUGAAACCAUCAGAGCUAUUAACAAUGAACAAAGCGGUGACGUUUUCCACAUUCGCCAAAAAUGCUGCCACUGCAGUCAUCAUCAUGUCACUUGUUUGCGACACACUGAGCCUGAACUGGACAUCAGAUUCUGUCUUUCGACUGGACAUGGCAACGGAUUCUGUUGAUGACCAAUAUAUAGACUGUGAAAACGAUAUGUACAACCUGAUUAUAACUACGAUUCUACCAAAUGAGCUAAACUCGAAUGAACGGUUUAGUACAUUUUGGAAAAAUUACAACACUACUGAUUAUUAUAGAAGCAUACAGGUCUACACAGAUAAAAACCUUUAUGCCGAGUUCAACAAUGAAGUGAGAUCAGGCAGAAAGCGUUACAAGAAUAACUUCAACUAUAAGGCUUUUCAUUUCUUGCUAACACGCGGCAUACAAAUUCGUAAAGUAAGUAAAUGUACUGAUGUUUUCCGCAGAACCCGCGAUCAUUAUGUUACAAACGUUCUUGACCGUCAAAUGAGAUUUGGCCAGUUUGCAUCGAGUUCGUUAACAAAAGACCUGACAGAAUUUGGCAAUGUCUCCUGUUUUAAGAUUAAGACAUGCUUUGGUGCAGACGUAUCCGGUAUUUCUGUGUUUAAACAUGAGAAAGAGGUUCUAAUCCCACCUUAUGAAAAAUUCAAAAUCACAAAUAUUGAAAAAAAUAGGAAUGAGAUGAACUGUGAGGUCCUUUACACUUUAGAGAGCAGUGGGAGAUGCAGUGAAAUGAACUGCAAGCUGCUUAACAGAAAAAAGAAAAUGUGCUGUAUAUGUUAACACAUGUACUGUAUUUCUGUCAGUGAGAUUCAUUUUUGUUUUGUUAUUCCGUUGUAAAAUUGAUAAAAAAAAAAAAAAACUACAUCAUUGUAAUU